AUGGCCGCCGGUAAUAACGACGGUUGCGCCGGCGGUUUGGCCAUCAAAGCCGUCGGAAAAAACCUACAUGGUUGGAGAACCGCUGAAAAGCAGCCGGUGUUUUUGAAAACUGCCGGUUUUACCAUCAAAGCCGCCGGAAAAAAUCGUCGUUUGCAGGUGAAAUCUUUUAUAAAUCAAUAUGAAGUUGAUGAAUGGCUGUUAGGUAAUCCCUUGUGUUGCCCUGGUGCAUUGCACUUUGUGGAGAAAAACUCAACGAUUAUAAGUUAUGGUCUUCAGACUAAUUCCACUUCUAUGUUGAAGAGAGGGAACUCUCAGGAUCCAACAUUCAAGUUCCAAAUUCCUCUUCAGGUUGCUGCAGAACGUGAAAUUGCAAGGAGUUUGCUUGGAGAUCCCAGUUUUGAAUGGGUUGUUGGAUUCAAAGAAUUCGCUCACACUGCUACAGAAACAUUUUCUGUUGUUGGGGAAGCUGGAGCAACGUUUUUCCUUGCAGUUGCCAUGUUUGGAUUUGUAAUUCAAACAAGUUCUUUUGUUAUAGAGAAGGAACUUAAGCUUCGUCAGGCUAUGUCCAUUAUGGGUCUCUAUUAAUCUGCCUAUUGGUUGUCUUGGUUUACCUGGGAAGCUUUUCUUACCCUUAUUGCUUCUCUUUCCACGGUUUUGUUUGGGAUGUUGUUUCAGUUCAGUUUUUUCCUACGCAACAUGAUUUUAUUCAUUCAUUGGCUAUCUUCACAGUUGAGUUUUGCAUUCUUGAUAUCAACUUUUGUGGACAAGUCAUCAUCAACAACUACAGCAGGAUUUUCGAUAUUCAUAAUAGGCUUUUUUACACAACUUGUAACAACAUUUGGUUUUCCAUAUGCUGAGAACUAUUCCAAAUUAUAUCGUAUCAUAUGGUCUUUAUUUCCUCCCAAUCUUCUGGCAAAAGCUCUUGAUAUACUUGUUAGUGCGACUGCCACUAAUGAAGAUUCAGGGAUUCGUUGGCAUAGGCGAGGUCAUUGUACUUAUAAGGAACAUAACUGUGUAAUUACUAUUGAAAAUAUCUUUCUUUGGCUUAUCUCCACAUUCUUUUUGUGAUUUGCCUUGGCAAUAUAUUUGGAUAAUAUACUUCCCGAUUCAAAUGGUGUGAGAAAAUCAGUUUUUUACUUUCUGAAGCAUUCAUACUGGACUGGGAAAGGUGGAACUAGAGUGGAAGGUGACCUAUGCGGUUUUGCAAACUCUAUUCCACCUAUAGAGUAUGUUGCUCCAGAUGAUGAGGACGUUCUUGCAGAAGAAACAACUAUAAAACAACAAGUAAUUGGUAAUAGUGUUGAUCAGAGUUUAGCAGUUACAAUACUUGGCCUUGCAAAAACGUACCUAGGAGCUACUAAACUUUGUUGUUGUAAAUGCAAGAGAUCUUCUCCCUAUCAUGCUAUUAAGGGUAUUUGGGUAAAUAUAGCAAAAGAUCAACUAUUUUGCCUUCUAGGACCCAAUGGAGCAGGAAAAACUACAGUUAUAAAUUGUCUGAUUGGUAUUACUCCAGUUACUGAUGGAGAUGCUUUGAUUUAUGGAAAUUCAAUUCGAAGUUCUGUUGGUAUGUCAAAUAUCCGAAGAACGAUUGGUGUUUGUCCCCAGUUUGAGACUUUGUGGGAUGCAUUGACAGCAGAAGAGCAUAUGCAUCUUUUUUCUAGCAUUAAAGGUUUACAUCCUUCAAUAAUCAAAUCGGUAAGUGAAAAGUCUUUGGCUGAGGUAAACCUUACUAGUGCCUCUCAUAUACGAUCUGGAAGCUAUAGUGGAGGUAUGAAGCGCCGGCUUAGCUUUGCGAUAGCCCUGAUUGGAGAUCCACAAAUGGUUUUCCUUGAUGAGCCGACCACUGGGAUGGAUCCUAUCAGCAGAAGACAUGUAUGGGAUAUUAUAGAAAAUGCAAAGAAGGGACGAGCUAUUGUAUUAACAACCCAUUCUAUGGAGGAAGCUGACAUAUUGAGUGACCGCAUUGCCAUCAUGGCAAAGGGAAGGUUGAGGUGUUUUGGAACCUCUAUAAGGUUGAAGUCAAGAUUUGGAACUGGUUAUAUUGCUAAUAUUAGUUUUCUUGGAAGUACUCCUAUUGAUGCAGAAUGGGAAGCUGCACAUGUGCGUAAAGCUCAGCUUGUGAAGCAUUUCUUCAAACAUCAUUUAGAUGUGGAGCCAAAAGAGGAAAACAAGUCAUUUUUGACAUUUGUCAUUCCUCGUGAUAAAGAAAGGCAAUUGACGGACUUCUUUGCUGAGCUUCAAGAUAGAGAGAAUGAACUUGGAAUCUCAGACAUUCAGCUUGGUCUCACUACACUUGAAGAGGUUUUCUUGAACAUUGCAAAGCAGGCAGAGUUAGAAAGUGCAUCAGCUGAUGGGAGCAUGAUUAUGCUAAAUUUAUCAUCUGGGGGGGCGAUGGGUCGAGCUAAAUUCGAGGCAACACCAACAGUUACCUAUAAAUUUGCCCCCUCUCCAUAAAAUUAAGGAUGGAUCUGCCCCUGCUAGAGAUCCAGAGUUUGAGUAAGGAAAUUAUGUUCAAAAGCAGGCCAAGAUCACUCACAUCAACCCUCCAUAUACACUAUAGAGGAAAAGGCUCUUGAAGAGCAGAUUUUUUUUUUUGGUGUGUUUAAGGCCAUCGUGGUAUAUUUGAUGAUUAGAAUGUUAUAACAAUAAAUAUGUUGGGAAGCUACAAUUUGUCUGAUCAUAUAGACUUGAGAA